AUGAGCGCAGCAGAAGCAGGCUGUCCCUCGGGAAAGGCGUUGGAGCUAUUAAACCCAAGCCUAAAAACGGCAUCUGUCACCCAAACGGUCGAACUCUCAGUGGUCGACUGGGACGGGCCAGAUGACCCGGAGAACCCACUAAACUGGACACCAUUCAAGAAAUGGCUGAUUAUCAGUCUCGUCGCAUAUAUUACGUUUGUCACUACUAAAUCUAUCGGCAGUUCUUAUGGAUCAACUAUCCUCGCGCCUGGUGUUCCAGCUCUUCUAAAAGAGUUUGGGGUCACUAAUACUUCACUGGCUUCUUUCGUGGUUUCGAUCUAUAUUCUCGGCUUCUGUGUCGGUCCCUUAUUUUUGGCACCACUUAGCGAGCUCUAUGGGCGUUUGUCUAUCAUACAUUUGUCGAAUGUUCUCUUUCUCAUCUUCUCGGUUGCAUGUGCCGUGAGCACUAGCAUUGGGAUGUUUAUCUUUUUUCGUUUGAUGCAAGGGAUAUCUGCAUGCCCUCCUCUGACUCUCGGCGGAGGAACAAUCUCUGAUCUUAUGAUUCCCACGAAGCGUGGAAAAGCCCUAAGUAUCUGGGCAAUGGGGCCUUUAUUGGGCCCCGUUAUUGGUCCCGUCAUUGGAGGAUAUAUGAACGAAACAAUCGGAUGGCGUUGGACAUUCUGGUUUACAGCAAUCAUGACAGGUGUUUCUAUAUUAGCGUCAGCCGCAGUUUUGAGGGAAACAUAUGCGCCCACUCUACUCGCAAAGAAAGCUGCGUGUCUUCGCAAGCAAACUGGAAACCUGGAAUACAAGUCAAAGUUUGAUAGAGGUCUUUCUCCAGGCUAUUUAUUUAAACAGGCAAUCAUCCGUCCGACAAAAAUGCUAAUACUGUCGCCGAUUGUUUUCGUUCUUGCAAUUCAUAUGUCCAUCAUCUACAGCUACUUAUAUUUUAUGUUUACGACUUUUACCUUUGUCUUUGAGGAUCGCUAUGGUUUUAGUUCCGGAGAGGCGGGCCUUGCAUACCUGGGGUUGGGAAUUGGUUUUAUUGUUGGCCAAUUCGGCGUUGGAUACUCCUCUGACCUAUACGUCAAGAAGAUGCUGGAAAAGUCAGGGGCCAUGAAGCCUGAGUAUCGCCUUCCACCCCUGAUGAUUAGCGCAUUCAUUAUCCCCAUCGGCCUAUUCUGGUACGGCUGGACAGCCAGAAAGCGGUACACUGGAUAG